CAAAAAGAGAAACUGUAUUGGGAGAGGAAUCGUAUCUCCAUAUUUCUUCUUUCAGCCCCAAUCCAAGGGUUGUGGCUGGAACUUUCCAUCAGUUCUUCCUUUCUUUUUCCUCUCUAAGCCUUUGCCUUGCUCUGUCUGUCACAGUGAAGUCGGCCAGAGCAGGGCUGUUAAACUCUGUGAAAUUUGUCAUAAGGGUGUCAGGUAUUCCUUAUUGGCUUCCAAAUAGACAUAGAUAAAGAAAUCUUUCCUGUGGCUUCCCUUGGCAGGCUGCAUUCAGAAGGUCUCUCAGUUGAAGAAAGAGCUUGGAGGACAGCAGCACAACAGGAGAGUAAAAGAUGCCCCAGGGCUGAGGCCCCCGCUCAGGCAGCCGCAUCUGGGGUCAGUCAUACUCACCUUGCCCGAGUCAUGCUCCAGCAAAAUCAAGCUGUUUUCUUUUGAAAGUUCAAACUCAUCAAGAUUAUGCUGCUCAUUCUUUUCAUUCUGUUGCCAGUAGUUUUAAAAUUUAGUUUUGUUAGUCUCUCAGCACCGCAGCACUGGAGAUGUCCUGAAGGUACUCUCGCAGGAAAUGAGAAUUCUACUUGUGUGGGUCCUGCACCCUUCUUAAUUUUCUCCCACGGAAAUAGUAUCUUUAGGAUUGACACAGAAGGAACCAAUUAUGAGCAAUUGGUGGUGGAUGCUGGUGUCUCAGUGAUCAUGGAUUUUCAUUAUAAUGAGAAAAUAAUCUAUUGGGUGGAUUUAGAAAGACAACUUUUGCAAAGAGUUUUUCUGAAUGGGUCAAGGCAAGAGAGAGUAUGUAAUAUAGAGAAAAAUGUUUCUGGAAUGGCAAUAAAUUGGAUAAAUGAAGAAGUUAUUUGGUCAAAUCAACAGGAAGGAAUCAUUACCGUAACAGAUAUGAAAGGAAAUAAUUCCCACGUUCUUUUACGUGCUUUAAAAUAUCCUGCAAAUAUAGCAGUUGAUCCAGUAGAAAGGUUUAUAUUUUGGUCUUCAGAGGUGGCUGGCAGCCUUUAUAGAGCAGAUCUCGAUGGUGUGGAAGUGAAGGCUCUGUUGGAGACAUCAGAGAAAAUAACAGCUGUGUCAUUGGAUGUGCUUGAUAAGCGGCUGUUUUGGAUUCAGUACAACAGAGAAGGAAGCAAUUCUCUUAUUUGCUCCUGUGAUUAUGAUGGAGGUUCUGUCCACAUUAGUAAACAUCCAACACAGCACAAUGUGUUUGCAAUGUCCGUUUUUGGUGACCGUAUCUUCUAUUUAACAUGGAAAACGAAGACAAUUUGGAUAGCCAACAAACACACUGGAAAGGAUAUGGUUAGAAUUAACCUCCAUUCAUCAUUUGUACCACCUGGUGAACUGAAAGUAGUGCAUCCACUCGCACAACCCAAGGCAGAAGAUGAUGCCCGGGAGCCUGAUGUUAAUGAAUGUGCUUUUUGGAAUCAUGGCUGUACUCUUGGGUGUAAAAACACCCCUGGAUCCUAUUACUGCACAUGCCCUGUAGGAUUUGUUCUGCUUCCUGAUGGGAAACGAUGUCAUCAACUUGUUUCCUGUCCAAGCAAUGUGUCUGAAUGCAGCCAUGACUGUGUUCUGACAUCAGAAGGUCCCUUAUGUUUCUGUCCUGAAGGCUCGGUGCUUGAGAGAGAUGGGAAAACAUGUAGCGGUUGUUCCUCACCUGAUAAUGGUGGAUGUAGCCAGCUCUGCAUUCCUCUCAGCCCAGUAUCCUGGGAAUGUGAUUGCUUUCCUGGGUAUGACCUACAACUGGAUAAAAAAAGCUGUGCAGCUUCAGGACCACAACCAUUUUUGCUGUUUGCCAAUUCUCAAGAUAUUCGACACAUGCAUUUUGAUGGAACAGACUAUGGAACUCUGCUCAGCCAGCAGAUGGGAAUGGUUUAUGCCCUAGAUCAUGACCCUGUGGAAAAUAAGAUAUACUUUGCCCAUACAGCCCUGAAGUGGAUAGAGAGAGCUAAUAUGGAUGGUUCCCAGCGAGAAAGGCUUAUUGAGGAAGGAGUAGAUGUGCCAGAAGGUCUUGCUGUGGACUGGAUUGGCCGUAGAGUCUAUUGGACAGACAGAGGGAAAUCUCUGAUUGGAAGGAGUGAUUUAAAUGGAAAACGUUCCAAAAUAAUCACUAAGGAGAACAUCUCUCAACCACGAGGAAUUGCUGUUCAUCCAAUGGCCAAGAGAUUAUUCUGGACUGAUACAGGGAUUAAUCCACGAAUUGAAAGUUCUUCCCUCCAAGGCCUUGGCCGACUGGUUAUAGCCAGCUCUGAUCUAAUCUGGCCCAGUGGAAUAACGAUUGACUUCUUAACUGACAAGUUGUAUUGGUGUGAUGCCAAGCAGUCUGUGAUUGAAAUGGCCAAUCUGGAUGGUUCAAAACGCCAAAGACUUACCCAGAAUGAUGUAGGUCACCCAUUUGCUGUAGCCGUGUUUGAGGAUUAUGUGUGGUUCUCAGAUUGGGCUAUGCCGUCAGUAAUGAGAGUAAACAAGAGGACUGGCAAAGAUAGAGUACGUCUCCAAGGCAGCAUGCUGAAGCCCUCAUCACUGGUUGUGGUUCAUCCAUUGGCAAAACCAGGAGCAGAUCCCUGCUUAUAUCAAAACGGAGGCUGUGAACAUAUUUGCAAAGAGAGGCUUGGAACUGCUUGGUGUUCGUGUCGUGAAGGUUUUAUGAAAGCCUCAGAUGGGAAAACGUGUCUGGCUCUGGAUGGUCAUCAGCUGUUGGCAGGUGGUGAAGUUGAUCUAAAGAACCAAGUAACACCAUUGGACAUCUUGUCCGAGACUAGAGUGUCAGAAGAUAACAUUACAGAAUCUCAACAAAUGCUAGUGGCUGAAAUCAUGGUGUCAGAUAUUGAUGAGUGCCAGCUGGGGGUGCACAGCUGUAGAGAGAAUGCCAAUUGCACAAAUACAGAGGGAGGCUAUACCUGCAUGUGUGCUGGACGCCUGUCUGAACCAGGACUGAUUUGCCCUGACUCUACUCCACCCCCUCACCUCAGGGAAGAUGACCACCACUAUUCCAUAAGAAAUAGUGACUCUGGAUGUCCCCUGUCCCACGAUGGGUACUGUCUCCAUGAUGGUGUGUGCAUGUAUAUUGAAGCACUGGACAAGUAUGCAUGCAACUGUGUUGUUGGCUACAUCGGGGAGCGAUGUCAGUACCAAGACCUGAAGUGGUGGGAACUGCGCCACGCUGGCCACGGGCAGCAGCGGAAGGUCACCGUGGUGGCUGUCUGCGUGGUGGUGCUUGUCGUGCUGCUCCUCCUGAGCCUGUGGGGGGCCCACUACUACAGGACUCAGAAGCUGCUAUCAAAAAAUCCAAAGAAUCCUUAUGAGGAGUCAAGCAGAGAUGUGAGGAGUCGCAGGCCUGCUGACACUGAGGAUGGGAUGUCCUCUUGCCCUCAACCUUGGGGUCAGUGCAACCAACUUCAUGGAGGCAGGAGCCCCAGUUAUGUGGAAUGGGCACAGGGCAAGGCUUCUGGAUUCCAGUAUCCAGUGAUAAGGGCUCCUGUCCCCAGGUAAUGGAGCAAAGCUUUCAUAUGCCCUCCUAUGGGACACAGCCCCUUGAAGGGGGUGUUGAGAAGCCCCAUUCUCUCCUAUCAGCUAACCCAUUAUGGCAACAAAGGGCCCUGGACCCACCACACCAAAUGGAGCUGACUCAGUGAAAACUGGAAUUAAAAGGAAAGUCAAGAAGAAUGAACUAUGUUGAUGCACAGUAUCUUUUCUUUCAAAAGUAGAGGAAAACUAUAGGUUUUGGUUCCACAGUCUCUACGACUAAUCACCUACUCAAUGCCUGGAGACAGAUAUGUAGUUGUGCUUUUGUUUGCUCUUUUUAGCAGUCUCACUGCAGUCUUAUUUCCAAGUAAGAAUCACUAGGAAAUAAUUACUGGGAGAAUCACUAGGUAACUUAUUAGAAACCCAAACUGGGACAACAGUGCUUUGUAAAUUGUAUUGUCUUCAGCAGUCAAUACAAAUAGAUUUUUGUUUUUGUUGUUCCUGCAGCCCCAGAAGAAAUUAGGGGUUAAAGCAGACAAUCACACUGGUUUGGUCAGUUACAAAGUAAUUUCUUUGACCUGGACAGAACAUUUAUAUCAAUUUCAUGAAAUGAUUGGAAUAUUACAAUACCGUUAAGAUACAGUGUAGGCAUUUAACUCCUCAUUGGCGUGAUCCAUGCUGAUGAUUUUGCAAAAUGGGUUGUGAUGAAUCAAUGAAAAAUGUAAUUUAGAAACUGAUUUCUUCAGAAUUAGAUGGCUUAUUUUUAAAAAAAAAUAUUUGAAUGAAAACAUUUUAUUUUUAAAAUAUUACACAGGAGGCUUCGGGGUUUCUCAGUCAUUACUGUCCUUUUCCCCUACAGAAUUUUCCCUCUUGGUGUGAUUGCACAGAAUUUGUAUGUAUUUUCAGUUACAAGAUUGUAAGUAAAUUGUCCGAUUUAUUUUCAUUAUAGACAUUGAUGAAUUUCUUCUAAUUAUUUAAAUAAAAUCACCAAAAAAUGUAAACAUUUCAUUGUAUGCCUGAUUAAGUAGUUAAUUAUAGUCUAAGGCAGUACUAGAGUUGAACCAAAAUGAUUUGUCAAGCUUGCGGAUGUUUCUGUUUUUUGUUUGUCUGUUUGUUUGUUUGUUUUUUCCAGAGAGAGGAUAGGAUCUCACUCUGUUAUCCAGGCUGGAGUGUGCAAUGGCACAAUCAUAGCUCAGUGCAGCCUCAAACUCCUGGGCUCAAGCAGUCCUCCUGCCUCAGCCUCCCGAGUAACUAGGACCACAGGCACAGGCCACCAUGCCUGGCUAAGUUUUUUAUUUUUAUUUUUUGUAGACAUGGGGAUCACACAAUGUUGCCCAGGCUGGUCUUGAACUCCUGGCCUCAAGCAAGGUCAUGCUGGUAAUUUUGCAAAAUGAAUUGUGAUUGAUUUUCAGCCUCCCAACAUAUUAGAUUACAGGCAUUAGCCAUGGUGCCCAGCCUUGUAACUCUUUAAAAAAAAUUUUAAAUCUACAACUCUAUAGAUUAAAAUUUCACAUGGUAUUCUAAUUAAAUAUUUUUCUUGCAGCCAAGAUAUUGUUACUACAGAUAACACAACCUGAUAUGGUAACUUUGAAUUUUGGGGGCUUUGAAUCAUUCAGUUUAUGCAGUAACUAGUCCCUUUGUUUAUCUUUCAUUUCUCAACUCCUUGGACUUUGGUGAUACCAGACAUCAGAAUAAAAAGAAAUUGAAGUACCUGUUUUCAAAUGGAUACUUUAUAGGAAUUUUGGUAAAGAUUUGGUGAUGGGAGGAUGACUUGAGGUUUGUGGAUAUUAGUUAAUUAUUCAGUAUGAUACCUAGCCCAGCCAAUUUAGAUUUUUCUAUAUUCGGUUUUGCUUUCAUUGACAAUUAAUAUCCUGGAGGAUCAGAAGACUUGUCUAUUUCUGCUGAGUCACUGGCCUCAGAAAAAUAAUAACCAUAAUUUCCCCCAAAGUUUUCUUUCCCUAAGUGUGAAUAUUUUUUCUUCCUCCAAAAGCUCACUUUUGGGUUUAGAUUACGUUUUUGUAUUUUAGGGGUUCAGUGAUGACAAAAGAAAUGACACAAGACCACAGCUACCCAUAACAUACCAUUAUCUUUGUACCAGAAAAUCCUUGUUUCCUUCUUAAUGACUCUGGUACCUUAGAAACUGUGACUCUGCUAAGUCCUUGACUAGGCUAUCUACCAGCUCCUGGUCAGAUUAAAGAAAAAACGCACUUUGUGUUUUUUAAUCACCAAGCCACCCUGCAAAGAUAUCUUCUUCUUGCAACUUCACAUCUUUACCAGUAAUGUCCUCUUUUCUUUAAAAAUUCAAGUUUUAAGAACAGCGUUUUCAUGUAAAAACUCAAUUUGUGUUUUUUCCAGACUGAAUACUUUUCCUCCCUAACUCUCAUGGUCUCAUUGCACGCAAUGCCUGAUUGAGCUUCUGUUUGACUAAAUGUCCCCUACUAAGUAAAAAAUGAGCAUAUUGGCCUCUUUUCUAGCUUCUAAUAAAGGCUUAACACAUUGUA